GGUUCGCCUGCCUCUCGGCGGACGGGAAGCUGGUGGUCGCGGAGUCCUCGCAGCGGAGUCUCUGGACGAACCUCUCGGUGGCCGGCCUGGCGCUGCCCGACGCCGCCGCCGGCGAGGCCUGGUGCCCCCCGCAGCGCGAGGCGGACUGCUUCGACUUGUGGGCGGGCGUCGUCCCCCGGCGCUGACGUCAGCCCCGUCGCGGUCGCCGCAACCGCCGUUGUAGUCGUCGUGGUCGUCAUGGUCGUCGUCUUUGUAGUCGUCGUCGUCGUCCUCCUCGUCGUCGUCUUGCCCCGCUCCUGCGUGGAAUUCGGAUAGGCCCCGUGCCCCGCGUGGCGCCACGAGGCGCCAGCGGGCCAUGUGCAGCAAGAGCGAGUGGCCAAACGGACUCGCCAGCCCGAAUUCGGUCUCCUGGGAACCCCGUCGCCUUUUUUGCCCACCUUCCAGCCGCCUGCUCUCUCUCUUCUUAUUCGCGCUUCGCGCUUCGCGGUCCUCGUUCCUUCUCCCCCUCCUCCUCGUCCUCCUUUUCUCCAUUUGGGAGGGCGGCGCGAGAGCGCGAAGUUAUUCGCGCUUCGCGCUUCGCGCAGCGCGAAGCGCGAAGUUGGGAGCCCUUGCAUCAAGGAGAACAGCCUGCGCGAGCAAAAGUUCGCCCACGCGAUGAAGUCGGGGGCGCGCCCCGCCAACCGCGAUGAGGCUGGACUCGCGCGUGUGGGUGCGGGGUGCCUCCGCGGGCCGCCGGUCGGUCUGCUCGCGCGUGGCUCCCGCAUGUGGCGCAGGGGAGA